UAGCACUGAUAACAAUUUUUCUAUUGAUGAUUUUUUUGCUGACCGUUCUGAAUAAUAAUUCUGUGCUUAGUGAUCGACGUUUGAAUGGACUGAACCGAACUGUGUGAAACUGUUCUUUUAUUUUACAGACAUAUUUAGUUCAAGUGUUAUAGUGAUGUGUUGUGGUGCUUUAUAUUUAUAGAUAAUGACUAAAAUUUGUGUUGCUGACUGUCUAUGAAAACUGACUGUGUUUAUUUAAAUAGUAUGACGGCCAAGUCAACUUCCAGUGAAAAUCGUAUUUAUCAAAACUUCCAAGGCUCAUAACAAAAUGUUGACAUAUGUCUCCAAACGAAAAACAAAUACAUCCCGUGAAUGAUUCCAAGAACAGAGAGCGCGCACAUCGGCAGCGAUGCAAGAAAUAUGCAAUACCGCUGCCCUGCCGCUCGACACUAGCCCUUUAGUACGCAAAAUAAAAUGCGAAGAGUACCCUGCCAUCAGAGGGAAACAAUCCGCGAGAGUUGGCAUGGGGGUGCGCGAUGAAAUGGAAGAGGACUUCGCCGUGAAGACAAGGAAUACGCCACCAAUGGGGCCGGCGCCGGGACAGGAGCACCCACGCAUGGAGCACGGUGGUAACGGCUUCUGGUUGGCAGCAGUGACAGCCGCUGGAGCACCACACCCGAUGCUAGAAACAUGUACAGAAACCGGCUUCAUAAACAGUCAACCUUCCAUGGCGGAGUUCAUGACUGCACUUCCGCAGUUAGGAACGGGCGAGCUGAGUCCUCAGCACACACCGCCCGGGUAUGCGCCUGACCUUCCUUCGCCGGGCGGUGGGCUGAACGUACCUGAAUACCCUUGGAUGAAAGAGAAAAAAACGACAAGAAAAAGCAGCCAACAAGAAAAUGGUCUGCCACGAAGGCUGCGUACUGCUUAUACCAAUACGCAGCUCUUGGAACUCGAAAAGGAGUUUCAUUUCAAUAAAUACCUUUGCCGACCUAGAAGAAUCGAGAUCGCUGCAUCGCUGGACCUGACCGAGAGACAGGUGAAGGUCUGGUUUCAAAAUAGAAGAAUGAAGCACAAGAGACAAACUUUGAGCAAAAGUGAAGAUGGAGAUGACAAAGACUCCACUACUUCUGAAGGCGGCAAAAGUUCAAAGACGGGACUAGACAAAUUUCUGGACGAUGACGGACCAUUAUCUGGCAAGAAAAGUUGUCAGGGCUGCGAACUACCGCCGGGGGCAUUGUGUUCGCCAGCCGAAGACCUACCUGAGCUUGCAUCCCGAACACGUAACAACAAUACACCUAGCGCAACAAAUAAUAACAGUUUUGCUAGUGAUGGUGCUUCCAGUGUAGCAUCUUCAUCAUCUCUAGAUAAAUUAGCUGAGGACGACUCAAGAGAUGCACAUCCUCCGUCUUCUACAGUCCCUGCAGCAACUCGAAAUUUAGCAAAGCGAAUUAAGCAAGAGUCAAGAAAACGGUCCCCUUCCUUAGAUGCUUCUUGCAAAGUUUCACCUUCAUCAUCUAAAGACGGCCUCGGGCCGAUAACAGGUUUACCAGAUGGGGCCAAAUUCUCGUCUGUGAAUUUGACACCAUCGUCGACACCGGGGACACCAUCGAGUAUCCAUCAGAGUCCACUUGGUCAUUAUCCUCGGCCAUCGCCUCCGAAUGGACCUCCCGGUCCACCUCAUCCCCAGGCUGUGCCUAAUGCAAUGCCUCCGUAUGUUAUAAGAGGCAAUGCGCCGCCUGGCCAGUUUAUUCCUCAUCCAGAUUUCCGGAUGGAUUCAAAACAAUUUGUUGGGAAGUUGUCCCAGUACCCACAAGGAAAUAGAAAUUACGAGAGUUAUGCUUCAGGCCUACAAGGCACUGACCAACAUACUUACGUACGAAACCAACAACAUGGACGGCAACAAGAAGGUUCUCCUGCGAGACCUGCCAAUGGCAUUGGAUCUAGACAGACUUAUCCACACGAAAUGUAUCAAAAUUAUGGAUACGCGACGUACACAAAGGACCAAGCGGGAUAUGGGCAUGCAGGAUACGAUCAAUCUCAAAGUUACGGUGAGCACAUGGCAUAUUCGAACAACCACUACGGUUACCAUUAUCACGACGGUCAACAUGACCACUCACACAGCUACUAUGGUAAUGACAACCAAAAAAAUUCACAUGGCACUGAGUACGCUAAAAAUGCAUAUUACGAUGCGAGUGGGUACGGUACGCAACAAGGGGCAACUGCAUCCGGAUAUGGAGCAGGCGCUACACAGGGCGGCGCAACCGGCGAAGCGUAUGGCGGGAGCGCAGGAGAAUGUGGCGAGUACGGUUCGUUCCAACAGUUUUAUGAAGCAACGCAUGCCGCUCCCGCCGGCGAUAACUCCAACUCCUCCUCAGACUUCCACUUCCUCAGCAAUUUGGCUAAUGACUUCGCACCUGAAUACUACACCAUUUGAGAUAAGGACUUUGCCGAGCAGGCAAGCGAUCUGUUCGUGUAACACUCGAUAGCGCAAAUGUGUAUGUGGGACUCAUGGUGUUAUAAGAAAUGACUGUUUCCCAAGAGCGACGACAUAAUAUAAGUUUGGCAAUGAUCUUUGUACCGAUAUGGUAAAUCUUACAUUUAAAUACGGCAUAAUGUAAUUAAUUGUAUAUAGAUAGUUAUCUAGUUCUUACAGUUAAUUAUGAAUAUUUUUACUAAUACAUAAACGAGUUAAUAUAUAGGGUGCUGAUAUCAGUCAAUAUUAGAGUGAAAUAUUAAAUGAUAUACGAAAAAUGUACCAUUUAAACACAUUGUGAAAAAUAUAUAGGUACAGUGAGCAUCAGUUUUAUUUACACAUCUGUUGGACUCUUUAUCCUUCUUAAGUAUACGCGAAAAAUAUCAGAAACAUUAAAUAAAUCAAGUGAUGUUUGGUACACAUAUAUGUCGAAUAUUCUUUUGUGGCUGAUAGAAAAAACAUAUUUUCCUUCUCUUUGUAUUUGCUUUUUUAAUCUAAAUAUAUCCAUUUAGUUUCCUUAUUUGAAAUAAGUGCAUUCUAAAAAUACAAGUGUUAACUAACGAUGUGUCGUUCAUAUUAUUUUCUUUUCAUUAUCUACAUCUAUGUAUAUCCUAGAGUACCUAUACAGUUUAAUGCAACUAGAUUUGAAAAUGUAUUUAUAAACAAUUCAUUCGGUAAUACUGUACCUAAAUCUUUUUAAAUUUCAGCUACACAGAUGUAUAUAUAUUUAUCAUAUAUUAUUACAUUAUAGGACUACAGUUCAAAUUGCUAAAUGUAUGAAGCUACCUACAGUCUGAGAAUUUUGCAACAUUUCAAUAGCUUAUGAUUCUAACUACAGUUUUAAUAUAAUGUACCUAUUAAUAUUAUUUAAAGCUGAUAUCAAUGUAAAUUCCUUAUUAAUGUUUAAAGAUUACCUUUUAUCCAAACACCUUUUCACGUGUUCAUGGUAAGAAAUACUCGAUUAAAAUUAAAAUUUUCAUUUAUGACACUUAUUUAGACAUUAUUUACAAAUUUAAGGAAUAGUCGUUGCCUUAUUUAGUUAAUAUUGUUUUGUG